AUGUCGAUUGAAAGCUGUGAUUUUUCUUCAAUUUUGGUCACUCUAAAUGAGUGUUGUGAUCUUGCAAGAAGAUGCUUGGAAAUUUCUUACAGCGGGAAGCUUUUGAUGCAAAGCGACCUUGAUGUUGUCAUUGCAAAAUUCAAUUCCCAUGUGAAUAAUCUUUCUGGGAUUUACGCUGUUGGGAUUUUGAGCCGUGGUUUCUCCAUUGUUGUUUCAAGGCUAGGCCUUGGUGCUUGGAAAGAAGACAUGAGGUUUUACAUAAGGGAUUUGUUGACGAGUAUGAAGAUAGGCGAUACAGACAUGAAGAGGCAAGCUUUGGAUAAUUUAUAUCUAGCUGUGGGCGAUGAUGAGAGGUAUGUUAAACUCGUAGUAGAAAUUGGUGACAUUGUGUAUGUUUUGGUAGAGUUUCUUGAUUCCUCAGAUAUGGGGAUUCAAGAACAUGCUUCAAAGAUUUUGUCUUUGAUUUCUGGGUUUGAUUUGUAUAAAGGGUUUUUGGUUAAAGCUGGGAUUAUUAGGAAUUUGAUUAGGGUUCUUGAGAGUGGUAGUGAUUUGGGUAAAGAAAAAGCUGAUAAGUGUCUUUAUAAGUUGACUGUUAAUGCAAACAAUGCACGGUCUGUUUCGGCUUAUGGUGGUGUAACUGCCCUGUAGAAAAUAUGUUCUAAUGGCAAUAUUAAUGGUGAAUUGUUCGGUCUGGCUUGUGGGGUGUUGCGAAAUCUUGUCGUUGUCGAGGAGAUUAAGAGAUUCAUGGUUGAUGAAGGAGCAAUCUCGAUGUUCAUCGAGCUCGCAAGAUCGAAUGAUGACAUU